AUGUCAAAGAUCACGUAUCAACGUGGGUUUGGAAACCACUUCACUUCCGAGGCAAAGCCGGACACGCUGCCCAAGUACGGCCACUCUCCGCAGAAAGUCAAUCACGGCCUGUACGCUGAGCAGCUGAGCGGUACAGCGUUCACAGCGCCUCGUGCCAAGAACCAGCGCUCGUGGCUGUAUCGUAUCCGGCCGUCGGUCAACCAUGCACCGUUUCAGGCCUAUGACCAGCAGGGACAGCAACGGGUGUUGGGAUCGUUCCAUGCGCAUUCGCCCCAUGUUCACGUCACGCCGCAGCAGCUGCGGUGGGACCCACUGGUGGAAGACGUUGUAGGCAAGGAGAUUGACUUUGUCGAUGGGAUGGUGACGCUGGCAGGAGCGGGAGAUACGCAGCUCAAGAACGGGCUGGCGAUCCACGCGUACACAGCGACCAAGUCGAUGGGCACGCGGAGCUUUUACAACUCGGACGGCGACUUUUUGAUCGUUCCUCAGCGUGGUGAGCUGUUGAUCCGGACCGAGUUUGGUCUGCUCGAGGUCCCACCGCUUCACAUUGCCGUUGUUCAACGCGGGAUCAAGUUUUCCGUCGACUUUGCUGCUGGUGGUGUUUCAGCGAGCAACCCAGCCUUCGGCUACAUCUGCGAGACAUUCAAAGGCCAUUUCGAGCUUCCAGACCUAGGACCGAUCGGCGCCAACGGACUCGCGAAUCCAGAAGACUUUGAAACGCCCAUAGCUCUCUUCGACAAUGACAAGGACGGUCACGACUCGAACCUGCAAAGCUGGACGGUGAUCAACAAGUUCAUGGGUCGUUUCUUUGCCUACACGCAGCCGCACUCACCAUACGACGUGGUGGCAUUUUCCGGCAACUACCUCCCCUACCGUUACGACCUGACCAAGUUCAACACGAUCGGCUCGAUCUCGUUCGACCACCCGGACCCUUCGAUCUUCACCGUGCUCACCUGUCCCACCGACACGCCCGGCACAGCAGUGUGCGACUUUGUCAUCUUCCCGCCGCGCUGGCUCGUCGCCGAACACACGUUCCGCCCGCCCUACUUCCACCGAAACUGCAUGUCCGAGUUCAUGGGCAACAUUGUCGGCGUCUACGACGCCAAAGCGACCGGCUUUGUCCCCGCAGGCGCGAGCCUGCACAACAUGAACUCAGCCCAUGGGCCCGAUGCAGAGACGUUUGAAAAGGCAUCGAGUGCACCGUUGAAGCCGGUCAAGGUGGGAGAGGGCAGCAUGAGUUUCAUGUUUGAGUCGGCGUAUCAGCUUGCAACGACAAAGUAUGCCAUCGAAGAGAGCGGCAAGGUUCAGCAAGACUAUUGGAAGGCCUGGUCCGAACUCAAGAAGAACUUUACUGGCUGA